AGCCGCAUUUCCAGUUCCCAACUACGAGCCGCGAGUUUGUAGAUGGGGCUGCUCGGCGGCGCCUGCGGCUGAGGAAGAGCAGCGGCGGCGGGCAGAGGGGAGCGACGGCGGCGCGGAGGAAGCCGAGGUGCGAGCCGCAAUGCAGCAAGUGUUGGAUAACCUUACGGAGCUGCCCUCAUCUACAGGAGCAGAAGAAAUAGACCUAAUUUUCCUCAAGGGGAUUAUGGAGAAUCCUAUUGUAAAAUCACUUGCUAAGGCUCAUGAGAGACUAGAAGAUUCCAAACUAGAAGCUGUCAGUGAUAAUAACUUGGAAUUGGUCAAUGAAAUUCUUGAAGAUAUCACUCCUCUAAUAAAUGUGGAUGAAAAUGUGGCAGAACUGGUUGGUAUACUCAAAGAGCCUCACUUCCAGUCACUCUUGGAGGCCCAUGAUAUUGUGGCAUCAAAGUGUUAUGAGUCACCUCCAUCAAGUCCAGAAAUGAAUAAUUCUUCGAUCAAUAAUCAGUUAUUACCAGUUGAUGCCAUUCGUAUUCUUGGUAUUCACAAAAGAGCUGGGGAACCACUGGGUGUAACAUUUAGGGUUGAAAAUAAUGAUCUGGUAAUCGCCCGAAUCCUUCAUGGAGGGAUGAUAGAUCGGCAGGGUCUGCUUCAUGUGGGAGAUAUCAUCAAAGAAGUCAAUGGCCAUGAGGUUGGAAACAAUCCAAAGGAAUUACAAGAAUUACUGAAAAACAUCAGUGGAAGCGUCACCCUGAAAAUUUUACCAAGCUAUAGAGAUACCAUUAUUCCUCAACAGGUAUUUGUGAAAUGUCACUUUGAUUAUAAUCCAUACAAUGAUAACCUGAUACCCUGCAAAGAAGCAGGACUGAAGUUUUCAAAAGGAGAAAUUCUUCAGAUUGUAAACAGAGAAGACCCAAACUGGUGGCAGGCUAGCCAUGUAAAAGAGGGAGGAAGCGCUGGUCUCAUUCCAAGCCAGUUCCUGGAAGAGAAGAGAAAGGCAUUUGUUAGAAGAGACUGGGACAAUUCAGGACCUUUUUGUGGAACCAUAAGUAGCAAAAAAAAGAAAAAGAUGAUGUAUCUCACAACCAGAAAUGCAGAAUUUGAUCGUCAUGAAAUCCAGAUAUAUGAGGAGGUAGCCAAAAUGCCUCCCUUCCAGAGAAAGACAUUAGUAUUGAUAGGAGCUCAAGGUGUGGGACGAAGAAGCUUGAAAAACAGGUUCAUAGUGUUGAAUCCCACUAGAUUUGGGACCACAGUGCCAUUUACUUCACGGAAACCAAGGGAAGAUGAAAAAGAUGGCCAGGCAUAUAAAUUUGUUUCACGAUCUGAGAUGGAAGCAGAUAUUAAAGCUGGAAAAUAUUUGGAACAUGGGGAAUAUGAAGGAAAUCUCUACGGAACCAAGAUUGACUCUAUUCUUGAAGUUGUCCAAACUGGACGAACUUGCAUUUUAGAUGUCAACCCACAAGCCCUGAAAGUGCUGAGGACAUCCGAAUUCAUGCCCUAUGUUGUGUUUAUUGCUGCUCCAGAGCUAGAGACGUUACGUGCUAUGCACAAGGCUGUAGUGGAUGCUGGUAUCACUACCAAACUUUUGACGGACUCUGACUUGAAGAAAACAGUGGAUGAAAGUGCACGGAUUCAAAGAGCAUACAACCACUAUUUUGAUCUGAUCAUCGUAAAUGACAAUCUAGACAAAGCCUUUGAGAAACUGCAAACUGCCAUAGAGAAACUGAGAAUGGAGCCACAAUGGGUCCCAAUCAGCUGGGUUUACUGAUGAUUCAGUAAGGUUCACAAUUAAAAUAAAACUUUCAAAAACUGACUGCAACAAAUAAACUUUCUACUGAGAAAAUACAUGCACAGAUAGAAGACAUCUGCCAAGUCCAGGCAUUUUUAUUGUGUAGAUUGAAAUAUCAGUACACUAUUCUGAAUUUUUAUAGAAAAUGUGGUUGGGAAGGUGUACUAAUAUAUAAUUUAUCUUAAUUUUUCUAACUUUUUAUGGAUAAUCUUUCUAUUCAUAUCACAUAAAGAAAUGCGUUGAAGCAUUUUGUAUAUGUUUUGAUUUAGUACCCUUGCCUUUUUCAUCAAAGGAAUUUUCAGAUCAUCCGCUCUAACACUGGUCUCCCCUUUUCACUGUGGUAAUGAAGACUUGGAAUAGUUUUGUAAAGCUGUCACUCAGUUCAGUAUCUAGCGAAGGGGCAGCUACUUGUACUAGGAGAAAAUAAUGGUUUAUUGGCCUUCUUUCCUAAUAUGUAUAAUUUCUUACAGAAGCAGAAUUUUAAUGUCAGUGAUACAGUUAGUCCACUACCAUCCAAAUCUGACAUCAGAAGUCUGCUCAGUGCUACCUAGUUUCAUUAUUUCAGAGAUGUAUGGCUAUCCAUUUUAAUUUACACAGCUAUAUUAGUUUUUUUUCCUUCAUUCCUCUCUUGUGAAAAAAUGAAGAGCAAUACCUUGCACUCUCAUUUGUUUCAGUGACGGGCUGAUGCUUCGGGAACAUGUACACAGCAAGCAAGGCCUUGCCGGCUGAGAGUGCCUUAUCCUGCAAAACCUUACAGCAAAAUGAGUCUGAAAGUUGAUUUAUUUGUACAUGUAAAAGUUUAACUGACAAAAAUGAACCUAUUGCUUUAUACAGUUUUUUGUAUUAGGAUAUGGUCAGCAAAUGUAUCAUGCCUCUGAAAAUUUCUGUGAUGCUGAGAAAUGCUUCUAAGUUUGCAGUUGGGGGAUAUUGUGAACAAUUAGUGUGCUUUUUGAAGUGUGAUGUGACCAUUAGGGUAUUUUUUUUUUUUGGUUUGUUAUGUUGUGAACCAAAUCCAUUUAAUAAUUUAUGAAAUUUGGAAAUAAUUGUCAGCUGUUUUAUCUCAAUAUAAUAUAUACAUUAUAUAAUA